CGUAUCCAUGUGCCGUUGUCAUCAUCAUCACCCGCGUCAUCAUCAUCAUCGUCGACCUUUUUCCCGUCGUUGCCUGCGGUCGGUCGCUGGCCGUGCACUCGCUCGCACCUGCAUGCCGCUGGCAUUGACAGCGUCACCGAUGUCUGGUUGAUUGGAUUCUGCAAUCGACUGUCGCCCCCUCACCGCCUACUGUCAAACCGUUGUGCGUUGUGAAUGGCCGCCACCCUUGGGGCCCGCAGCUGGCCAGCAUGAGCCGUCGCUGUUACGGCCUCCAGUUGCUUCUGCUCGUUUUUUGCUCCAUGUGCUUUGCCGUGCUGUGCUGUGCUGUGCUUCGCGUACCCGCUGCCCACACCCGCAUCUGCUGCUCAUGCAGGGCCGCCGAUGCCUGUUCGAUAAUGCAUCCAUCCAUCUUCCAUCCUUAUUGCUUUGCAUCCACUAUCUCGCGGGCGGAACAAUAACAGCACUCGAUGGAUACAUGUAUCGACUAUCAAUCUAUACCAUCCCUUCUCAACGUCAGUUUCUGCCAGCGAGCGUUUUCAGACCCCACAUCGGCUUCAUUCUACUCCCUUCCCCCCACCCCUCUUCGCAUAUCUUCGAGUUUCUCUUCAACGGGUCUAUGCUCUCAGACCUAAAAAGGAAAACGAGUCCCUUGCGUUCCGCCCUGCACUCGACACCUUCCUUGCUUUGCCUAGCGAGCUGGCUUAGGGGGGAACGCGAAAGAAAGUGAAUACACCAGAUGAAAUAAAAAUAAAGCAUGGAAACCGCCACCACCACCUUCGCAGGGUGGGCCGUCCGCGACAUGGUUGGUGGACCCUGCAUGUUUUGGUGUGCGUCCGUGCCGUCUUACCACGUCUCGCUCCUUUUUUUUCUAUUCACCCUCCAUCCCCUACCCUCACCCCCUUUGCGACCAAUCGCGGUACGACGCUAGCUUAACCCUUCCCUCCGUAUCACCGAAGAGAUGAGGUACUCGCCGGGAGGACACCGCCUUCGUUUCCUGUUCAAUUUGUUCCUUCCUUGCCCCGGGACGUCUCCUUGUACAUUUUCUGCCCCGUACAUUCUUGCAACUUCAUAUCUUGACGCAGGCUCGCCAGGGGUGCUAUAAAGCCAAGCUCCUCCAACACCACCGUACCCCGCGCUAGCUCCGGUCCCUGCUUAUUCCCGCGAGCAUCGACUUUUGUCGCCUUCAACAUCGACAAUCUCAUCGAGUCCAAAUCAUUCACAUGGUUGAAUGUCUGUGUGCGCGUGCGUUAGUAUGCUAACAUGUGGGGACAAGCGCUCGCUGGCGAUCGAUUGGCUUCUUCUAACAGGACGACUAUGUAGCUGUUCCUUCUCUCCAGCUAUCCCAUCUCCCUCUAAAUCAAUCAUGCAUGCCACAUUGAAGGCAUAUACACCAGACCUACUGCGCACAAAACAUGCAGCACCCGACUCUCACCACCAUAGAAGACGUCCAAAAUAAAACAAGUACUGGCCCCACCUGGCGCUGCCUAAGUAGAGUAUUAUGAGAUUUGCUGCGCCAGUGGACACCAUAGUCGUUCCAGAAGCGCGUUCGACCAUGGUCAAUUGACUCGUGCGCGGAUAAUUGUCAUGUUGCCAUUGACUGACAAGCCCAACCACCGUCCUUGCC